AUGGGCGGUGGAAAGAACCCCCCAUCCCAUCACAGCUUGAAAAUGGCGGAAAAGUUGGCCCAUAGCCUCAAUGUUCAUUUACAUGCCGUGGUAGACCUGGGAAGCAACGGCAUUCGAUGUUCCAUUUCAGACCUUUCAAGUCCCACUACUCGCGUCAUUCCUACUGUUCACUUUCACCGCGUCAAUGUCUCUUUGUACGAGGCGCAGAUGGACUCUGACACGGGACGCCGCGUCCCAAUCCCCCAAUCGGUGAUCGACAGGGUCGUCAGCGCCAUUGUGAGAUUUCAGAUAAUCUGUACAGAAAUAGGCGUCCCGCCCAACAAUAUUCGUCUUAUUGCCACGGAGGCGACUCGAACUGCUAUUAACUCUGCGGCGUUUACCGAUGCGAUACGCAAAACGACCGGCGUUGUCGUGGAGAUGCUUCCAAAGGAGGAGGAAGGUAUCGUCGGGGCGUGGGGCAUCGCAAGCAGCUUUUCGGAUGUGGAAGGUCUGGCCUUGGAUCUGGGAGGGGGCAGCAUGCAAAUGACCUGGAUCAGCUCCCACGCCGGGAAUGUUCGCAUUAGCCCCCGGGGCUCAGUCAGUUUUCCUUACGGAGCAGCAGCGUUGACUCAGAAGUUGGCGGACUUGAAGCGGGGCAAAAGCAAGGACGAAGCGGGAAAGGCCAAGGAGCAAUUCCGUCAAGAGAUGGCUGAGAACUUCCGGGCCGCCUUUGACCGUCUCGAAGUACCUGAAAGUAUGAUUGAUAAGGCCCGAUCCCAAGGAGGAUUCCCACUAUAUCUAUCCGGUGGAGGCUUCCGUGGAUGGGGCUAUCUUCUCUUAUACCUGCACCAGACAAGGGGUCAGGAUUAUCCCAUCUCGAUUAUCAACGGGUAUUCGGCGCUCAAGCAGGACUUUGAAAACACAAAGGCCCUGGAGGAAGUGGCCCGCACCGCACACGAGAUUUUCCGAGUCUCAGAUCGGCGGCGCAAACAAGUCCCCUCUGUUGCAUUCCUGGUGAAUGUGUUGGCCGAAUCAUUACCGCACGGGAUCAAGGAGGCACAUUUCUGCCAGGGGGGCGUCAGAGAAGGAAUACUCUUCCGUGAUAUGCUCCCAGUAGUCCGUCAACAAGAUCCGCUCGAGGUUGCAACUGCCCGUUACGCCACUUCAUCAGCCCACGAAAUCGCUGAGUUGAUGCUGUCCGCCCUUCCCCGGCCUGUGGAAGGCCGCUCUGUUCCAUCUUCUGUCACUGUACAUCUGGUUCAAGCCUUUGCCAACUCUCUCUUUGUUCAUGCAACCAUGCCUAAGGAGCUAUCUUCAAGUGCUGCCAUGUAUAGCACAAGCACUGGAAUUCUCGCAUCCACCCAUGGAAUUCCUCACUCACAUCGCGCUCUUCUGGCAUUGAUGCUUCAAGAACGGUAUGGCGGAGAAUUACCACCGCGUGAUGUCGAGUUAAAAACUCAUCUGCAAGGAAUUCUCACCCCAGAAGAGGUCUGGUGGACACGUUAUAUUGGUAAAUUAGGACUUGUUCUCGGUCAGUUGUAUCCUACUGGAUUCAUCGACUCCUCCAAACCACGUAUUGUUCCAUCUGCCCGGUGGGUGCAUGGACUUGGCAAAAAGGGAAACAAGGAUGGAUUGGAGUUGGAAAUUUCUCUUCAGAAAGCCGCAUAUGACCCUACUCAUCUUAAAGAGGAACUUAACCAUGACGUGCAGAAGAUUGUGAAAGUUGGGAAACGGAAGCACUGGAUUGGAGGAAAGGACGGUUGGGGCGUCAAAGUGGUUGUUUUGGUACGAGAAGAGGAGUUGUUGCAAUGA